GGUCCCCGUGGUACCGUUGUUGCGAGCGGCAUAUUGUUACCGACACGUUAUAAUUAGCUCGCUCGCUAAUCCGCCGUGUGAGGAGUUCGCGGCCACUCUCACGCUCACACUCGCACUCACUCACUGCCCUCAGGCGUGUGAAGAUCGCCGCUGUGUGGACGCGGCGUUGCAGAUGACCAUCAUUACAGCCCGCCGAGACGAUCGCGCGCCGCACCACCAUCGUUGCAGACUCGGUGGCGGUGGACUCGUCGUUCGAUAAAAAAAAAAUUCCUCUGCAAGCUGUGUAUAAUAAUUUUAUAAUUACUAUAAUACUGCAGCGCCUGGCAAUAUUCACGAUCGUACCAGAAGCAGCUUAUACCCUAUAUAGAUAGUAAUAUGUGGACUCCGGUAUCGUUUACAAGUGACAAUAGUGUUCCACCAUCAAGAUCCAAGCAUAGCGCUGCUGUUCACGGUAACCACAUUUAUGUGGUCGGCGGUCGGAAUGGCAAUUGGCCCCUUAAAGACAUAUGGAGAUAUGCCCUGUCGAAUAACACCUGGGAACAGUUGCACCCGACAGGAGAUACAUUGCAAAAUUUGCAAGAACAUACAGCAGUCGUUUAUCAAGACAAGGUUUACGUUUUCGGCGGAGAAGUGGGAUUUUCAUCUGCCUCUGAGUCUCCACUAUGGUCUUACAGUAUUAAGGAUAAUCUAUGGAAAAAAGUUAAAGGAAAAUCCGGUUCAAAUGUGCCAAAAGGUAGAAGAGGUCAUACUGCAUUAGUAUACAGAAAUUCAAUGAUUAUUUAUGGAGGAUAUAGAGACUUAAAAGGAUCCACAAAUGAAAUGUGGGCUUUCCACUUCGAUACUGAGUCAUGGCAUUUACUUUCUCAAGGAAGAGUACUUCCACCAGCGAGACACAAACAUUCAGCAAUCAUACACGACGAUAUAAUGUGGGUAUAUGGCGGAAUGACUGAUUUACACGAAAGAUCAGAUUUGUGGAAAUUUGAUUUUGUGAAGAAAAAAUGGAGUGUCUUGAAGACCAAAGUAAAUCCAGGUUUAUUGCAUGGCCACAGUGCUACUAAAGUGAUGGGUUCUAUGAUUAUUUUUGGCGGAAAAAAAGGAGGACAGUUUAGUAAUGAUUUGUGGAAGUUUUAUUUUGCUACCGAGACUUGGGAGAAAGUACACACAACUUAUCCGCAGCCCCCACCGAUCUGCGAAGCAGUAACGUUAACGGUGUUGGAAACGACGUCAACCUCGACGACUAAGAGCAGUCGCGAGAACGGCGUACAGUCGCCGAUUGUGGUUCGGCGGUCCAGAAGUGGCCGAUCCGCUGACAGACAACAACAUAGCGGCAGUGGUGACCGGGAUCACAGCGGUCAUCUACAUCAGUUUCAUCAUCAGUGCAGAUCCGAGUCUCGGGCGUCGUCUUUGGGUGGUUCGAAUGUGAACAUCCUGAAAGAGAUAUCGAAAUUGUCGCAACUCAACCUGUACCGGCUGGCGCAUAACAAAACUUAUAGUGUUCUGAGCAGCACAGAUAGUGUGGUUUCAGCCGAUGCUUCACAUGUGCAGCAACAGCAGCAGAACAUGGUCAAGUCUCAGUCGGCGAACGUUAUCGCUCGAUCGUUGAUAUCGCCGGUAGUGUCGAACGCGUCACCGUCAGGCUACAAGUCGUCGUUCCCACCGUGUAGGAUGCCCCGAGAUCCGAUGUCCGUGCCAAAUUUCGGCGUGGCCCUAACCCCUGUCGAAGCAACCAAACUGGUAUAUCUUGAGGGCGAAGAGGCGCCGAGCCCGCGCGUCGAAUUUGAUCACGAUUUCGGAUCCGUGCACAUGCGGUUUCAUCCCAAUGGACCGCUGUCGUCCGGGUCGUCGACCCUUAAUAACAAGACGCUCAACCGCCGUAGCUAUCCGAUGACCAGUUCCGCAUCCGCCCGGUUUGGCAACCCGUACAGCACGCCUGAAGAACCAGGCGAAAUCACUUCUGGGUAUGUCAGCAUUGAGACGGUGCACCAGUCACCUAACAGUGGCGACGGGCCUAUGUGUUUUUCCAACCCUAAUUACAUGGUGGCUGACAUACAAAACGCCAUAUCUAAAGGUGAUUACGUUAAACUCAACAGUCCGCCGGACAGCCUGUUGGAGGACAGCGACAACGCGUUUGAAAUGCGUGACAUGAACCGUCCUGCGCCUCCCAAGACUCUUGCGCUCAACUCGUCGACGGCGUUUAAUUCGAGCUCGGACGUCCGGUCGUCGACAAAAGCGGCGCGGGCUGCGAGCGCUGGACGGGCGUCCGCCAUUGGUCGCGGCGGUGGUGGCAUGGUCGUCGAGAACCAUCAAGUCAAAGAGUACGCGGUAUACCUUUUGGGUGGCACAGAACGCGACGGUUCUGUAACCGUGUUCAAAAAACCCAUGGCCGUGUGGAAGCUCAGCAUGUUCUUCAGGAACGUACAGUGAUGUUGAGACCACAACAGUAUAUCUAAUAAUAUGUAGCUGGGAAGA